AUGCCGAAUCUCAUUGAUCUCUUACGGUCGGUGAAACCGGUCAAUCGAUCGAUCAAAGCGGACGUACAGAUUCAGCUGUCAAGCUGUCCUCCUCUUAUCUCGGUCGACAAAACAUAUGACACUUUUUCAUCCCAAAAUGGUCCUGAGGCUCAAUGCGUGUGCGUGAUCAAGACUCUUACUGGAAGAGGAACACAGCUUGACGCUGCAGACAUCAUGGUUAUUGCAGGCUACCAUGAUCAACUGAGAAUCCUCGAGAAACAAGCGGAAGAUGGUGCUGGUUAUUCGACUGAGCAUCUUGAUGAUGGGGGUCGAUCUCCGGACAAAACCCACCUGUCUCAGGGUCGUGAGAAUUCUGUCGUGAUCUUGAGCCUAGUGCGAAACAUGCACGCACUUGUUACAACAACCGCAGUAUUGUACGACGCGCAAGAAGCAGUUCGAAAAAGCCGAGUGCAGAACGACGGUAAACAUCUUUUGGUCGGCCUCCACCCAAAAGAUGCAAAAUGUCCAUCCAACGAGCCCUUCUCAAUCUGCUGUCCAUGUGUCCCUACAAAUCCGUCGGCCGCGUUCGAUAUCACUCCCGGCAUGAACAUUUUCCAAGUGCCAGCAGUCCUUCCCACCAAUUCUGUGGAAGAGUGA